AUGGAUAAUUGUAGAUCAAAUGCCAAGACUCUGACAGAAAAUCUGGAAAGAACAGGGAAAUUUAAAAUAUUAUCCAAAGACAUGGGGGUGCGUGUAGUGGCCUUCUCGCUCAAGGACAACAGUGAGCACAAUGAAUAUGAAAUAUCAGAUCAUCUAAGAAAAUAUGGGUGGAUUGUUCUAGCCUAUACAAUGGCUCCAGAUGCUCAGCACGUUACACUUCCGCGUGUUGUGGUGAGAGAGGACUUCAAGCGAACGCUGGCAGAUGUUGACAGAGUAUCGAAGGAAUUGGAAGAGCUUCCUCCUAAGAUAAUUCAUGCAAUUCAAGGCUUAGCCAUUUGUGAAGAGGGUGAACUCAAAAAGUUGGUUCCCACUUUUUGCUUCGCAGUUUUACUGUUGGUCAAAGAAGAAGAAGAAGCAACAACAGUUGGGAGGUUUGGCACAGUUAAGCUAGCAAAGAGAUUUUAG